GCCACUUCCGGCAGGGCGCGACCAUGGCGGGAGGCCGGGACCGUGGGGAGUUGGCGGCCAGGCAGCUAGUGUUCGUACUUCCAGAAUAUUUAAAAGAUGCCUCGAAGAAGAAGAAGAAGAGCAGCCUCCUGUUUGUAAAGCUGGCCAAUCCGCACUCAGGGGGCCUUCUUCACUUUGCCACACCCAUGGACCCAUUGUUCCUGCUCCUUCACUAUCUCCUAAAGGCUGGCAAAGAGGGGAAGUAUCAGCCCUUGGACCAAGUCGUGGUGGAUGACACGUUUCCAGAUUGCACCUUGCUGCUGAGAUUUCCUGAGCUUGAAAAGUCACUUCGGCAUGUGACAGAGGAAAAAGAAGUGAACAGCAAGAAGUACUAUAAGUACAGCUCAGAGAAGACAUUGAAGUGGCUGGAGAAAAAGGUCAACCAAACUGUGGUAGCAUUAAAAGCUAAUAAUGUCAACGUUGGAGCCCGGGUUCAGUCAUCUGCAUAUUUCUCUGGUGUUCAGGCCAAGGACGAGGAAGAAGAUUAUGUUCGCUAUGCCCAUGGUCUGAUCUCUGAUUACAUCCCUAAAGAACUGAGUGAUGAUUUAUCCAAGUUCUUGAAGCUUCCAGAACCUCCAUCUUCAUUGCCAAACCCUCCAUCAAAGAAACUAAAGUUAUCAGAUGAGCCUGUAGAAGCGAAAGAAGAUUACACUAAGUUUAACACUAAAGACUUGAAGACCAGCAAGAAGAAUAGCAAAAUGACUGCAGCUCAGAAGGCUUUGGCUAAAGUUGACAAAAGUGGAAUGAAAAGUAUUGAUGCCUUUUUCGGGGCAAAAAACAAAAAAACUGGAAAGAUUUGAAGCAUCGAAAAUAAAAUCCAGUGAAGCAGAAACAGAAA